AUGGAACAUGAUCAUGUGCACGAAAAGAGGCAGGCUGGAGAAAAGGAGGACGCAUCAGGAUUCCAGAGGCAGAUAAUCCAGCGAGAGCAGUUGCAACAAGUGCAGAUCAUGCCACCACGGGAGCAGUUGCCAAAUCAGUUGCCACAACAGCAGAUGAAAGAGCAGCAGAUGAAGGAGCAGCCUAGACCGGAGCAGAUGCAAGAGCAGCAGAUGAAUGAGCGGCAGAGACAGGAGCAGAUGAAGGAGCAGCAGAUGGAAGAGAAGCGGAUGAAACAGAAACAAAUGCCACAGCAGCACAUGAUGAAACAUAGGCGAAUGGAACAGGAGCAGAUGCAACCACAGCAGACGCAACAGCAACAGAGGCAGCAGCGGCAAAUGGAAAGGCCACAGAUGCAACAGAAGAAGAUGCAAGGGCAGCCGAUGCCACAGAAUCAGACACGACAGCAGCAGAUGCAACAACAGGAGAUGCCACAGCAGUUGCCACAGCCUUAUACAGCACUGCUACAGUCAUACUUACCGCAAGCAGUAGCACAAGAUGAGACUGCAGCUGGUGCAGGCCCAUCAGAGUCUGGAGCCAGACGCAUAUUGACGCGCAACAGAGAUUACAGCCAGCAUGGGAAGUAUCGAGGAGUGAGGAAGCGUGGAGCGUCUGGCUACGUUGCGGAGAUCAAGGACACGACUCGUGGCUUCCGCAAGUGGUUGGGCACGUUCAGUUCUGCAGAAGAGGCAGCUCGGGCGUUCGACAAAGCUGCUUUCGGUAUCCGAGGAUCAAAGGCGAAGCUUAACUUUCCGGAAGCUUUUCUCCAGGAAAGGGGAGCAGUGGGUUCCAAUCCUGUAGAUCCAGAAGCACCGGUUCAGAUGGAAGCCGCAGGAAUGGAGGGAGGUAAAGUUGGUGACAAACAUGGCCCGAGAGUGCCGUAUAUUCGGGCAUCUAAAGGACAAGUUGGAAAGGGCAGUUCUACGAGCUCUGAAGAGGAAGCUAAAGAAGUAGAACAAACUGAAGGUGCUGCGGAAGGGCGAUCGGUGGGAGUGGAUGCGGUCAAGAAAAUAUCGUUUGGAGAGGGGACACGUAGGGCCGCAGUGGCAGCGGCUGGAACUGAAUCAGGUAGAAAAUCAGGGGCUGUAGGUUCUGCGCCAGUUGGUGAAGCAGCAGGAGGGGGAGACGGUGAUGGAGGAGAGGAGGGAGGGGGAGGAGGGGGAGGAGGGGGAGGAGGACGAGGAGGAGGAGGAGGAGGAGGAGGAGGAGGAGGAGGAGGAGGAGGAGGAGGGGUAGGAGGAGGAGGAGGAGGAGGAGGAGGAGGAGGAGGAGGAGGAGGAGGAGGAGGAGGAGGAGGAGGAGGAGGAGGAGGAGGAGGAGGGGUAGGAGGGGUAGGAGGGGUAGGAGGGGUAUGGGUAGCAGUAGACGCGUCAGCAGUAGCAGUACCAGCAUACCCCCUUGAAAGAAGCUGCACUGUCAGUACCAGCAGCUCCAGCGGAACCGCCCCUUUCUCCUCUGCCCCAUCCACCUCUUCCGCCUUUGCCCCUUCCACCCCAGCCUUUUUCUUACACUCCAGCUUUCCGGAUUCCUCUGCUUACUCCACAUCUACCUCUUUCCUUCACUCCGCCCUUCCUGCUACUGCUUUCCAAUACCCCUCUUCUUCUUUCCUAGAAUCCGCCCUUCCUGCUUUCUCUUCACAUUGGCCCUCUUCCUUUUCCCCACACUCCACCAUUCGUGCAAUCUCUUCCCCUGAAGCUGCACUUACCACUCUUCCUCUCCAUGUCAUGCUUCCGUCUUAUCCUGGUGUACUGCAAACCUCAGCUGUCACACCUUUCCCAUGUGGUGAUACCAUGGGUCGCUUUCCUAUCCCGCAGCAGAAUUCACCAUGUGCUGGAACUGGUGGUACAGGUCUGCUGGGCUUUGGUGUGCCAGGAUCAGGUACAGUCAGGAUCAGAGGGUUGGGAAUUGAGGGCGUGGCAGCAGAUGCGGAGCGGUCCUAUGCGUGUGCGGAGCGGUUUGUUCAGCAGCUGGUGAAGGUUGAAGAAGCAAAUGGGGCUGGAGUGAGUGGGGUUCGUGCUACAGAACAGAAGCAGGAAGCGGAAGAAGCGGAAAUUUCUACUGGGGAAGGAAACAGUGGAAGAAGACAUAUUGUUGACAAGAAUGGGAUGAUGGAGGAGGAGGAGGUAGAGGAGGUUGUGAUGAAGAUGAGGACGAGAAUAGAUGAGCAUUUUGCGUGCCUUGUUUCUCGUUGUGAUUGUGUGGCAACAGUGGCAGGAAUGGAGGCAGCUGAUCAAUGCUAUCAGUUGCCUCGAAGCCAUCACUCACAGGCGCAGCAGCUAAACCAAGAGGCAGAAAAGAAGACGAAGCAGCAGCAUCUGCAGUCAGUACUGCAGCAGCAGUUGCAUUUACAGGAGACACAGCAGCAGCAGCAGCAGCAGCAGCAGCAGCAGCAGCAGCAGCAGCAGCAGCAGCAGCAGCAGCAGCAGCAGCAGCAGCAGCAGCAGCAGCAGCAGCAGCAUCAGCAGCAGCAGCAUCAGCAGCAGCAGCAGCAGCAGCAGCAGCAGCAGCAGCAGCAGCAGCAGCAGCAGCAGCAGCAGCAGCAGCAGCAGCAGCAGCAGCAGCAGGAUCAGCAGCAGGAGCAGGAUCAGGAGGAGGAGGAGCAGCAGCAGCAGGGGGAACAGCAGCGCCUUGUGACAAGCAUCUCGCAAUGGAUUUCUCUACGAGUGAAGGCUGGAAGGACGGGCAAAGCAGCUGCACGACGUGCUUCAGUCGACCUCACAGCUCAACCUCCCCUCAACGAGGAGAGUGCGGACCAGCAGACCUUUAGGAGCCACACCCCGGACUUGGAAAGAGAUUACACAACGUCCAAGAUUACCAGCCCUCCUUGGUCCGGGCCUCAACCCAAGCCUCGUUCCGAACCUGCAUCUUGUAUGGUCCGAAGCCGUAGCGUCUCUUUCCUCCUGGAACAAAAAGCCGCCAGUGCUGGAACCCCGUAUUCUCAGCCCUGCAUGGACAUCACAGGUGGUGUGGCUGGUGUGGUCGGUGCAAGUCAUGAUAUCACAGGUGGUGUGGCUGGUGUGAUCGGUCCAAGUCGUGAUAUCACAGGUGGUGUGGGUGGUGUGAUCGGUGCAAGUCGUGACAUCACAGGUGGUGUGCGUGGUGUGAUCAGUGCAAGUCGUGACAUCACACGUGGUGUGUGUGGUGUGAUCAGUGCAAGUCGUGACAUCACAGAGCAGCAGCAGCAGCAGCAGCAGCAGCAGCAGCAACAGCAGCAGCAGCAGCAGCAGCAGCAGCAGCAACAGCAAUGGCCACUCUCACCCUUCCAGCAAGCCCUCCCGUCCUGCAUACUGUCUCGCCCUCCCAUAACACUACCUCAAUCUGCUCAAAAGUCACCUCUCCUACAGCCUCUUGUCCCCAUUGAUUCUGCUUAUCUCACCUCCGCUGCUGUAGCCACUGCUGACGGUAUUGCUGCCAGCGCUGCUGCUGGCUCUUCUACUGCUGCCCGGGCUGAGGCAGCAGCCCUCACUCCCCCCUUCUCUCCUACCACCCUCUUCCACUGUACUUCCAGAUUUCCUGGAUCUAGCUAUUCACAGGCAGGCGCUAUUGAAGCAGCUAUUGAAGCCUUGGGGCGGGAUGGCUCUAGGAGAGUUUUUGAGUCGACUAAAAAACCGACUCAUCACAUGCGGAUUGAAGCAGCUAUUGAAGCCUUGGGGCGGGAUGCCUCUAGGAGAAUCGACGGCUCUGAAACCGGCGGUACUGGCCGCAGUGGUGGGGAUGUGCUCAUGCAGGAAUUCACAGCAGCAAACUUUGGGGCUGCGUGUAUUGGUGGUGGUGGUGGUGGUGGUGGUGGUGGUGGUGGUGGUGGUGGUGGUGGUGGUGGUGGUGGUGGUGGUGGUGGUGGUGGUGGUGGUGGUGGUGGUGGUGGUGGUGGUGGUGGUGGUGGUGGUGGUGGUGGUGGUGGUGGUGGUGGUGGUGGUGGUGGUGGUGGUGGUGGUGGUGGUGGUGGUGGUGGUGGUGGUGGUGGUGGUGGUGGUGGUGGUGGUGGUGGUGGUGGUGGUGGUGGUGGUGGUGGUGGUGGUGGUGGUGGUGGUGGUGGUGGUGGUGGUGGUGGUGGGGAUGUGCUCAUGCAGGAAGUCACAGCAGCAAUCUUUGGGGCUGCCUACUGUGGUGGUGGUGGUGGUGCAGAGCAUUCUACCGCGGAGCGCCAUAUUGAGGAACAGCAUUGCGCGGAGCAGCAUUGUGAGGGGCAGCCUAGUAAGGACCAGCCUAGUGGGGAGCAGACUAAUGCGGACCAGGAUUGCACCUUUCCCUCCCCAUUUUUCCAGUCUCCCUUCCACCCUUCCUCCCUAGCUCCCUUCCUCUCUACCGCCUUCAGCCCGUAUGCCUUUCCAGCCUUCCAUACACCCUUUGUCUCUACAUCCCUAGCUCUCUUCCACUCUUCUUACCUUUCCACCAAGCUCCUAGCGUGCUUUCUUUCAAACUCCUUUCCACCCUUCCCCUCAUCCGCUGUAAUCCUUUUUUCCCCCCUCUCUCCACUUCUCCAUUCCUCCUCUCCAGCCUCCACUCCACCCAUAUUCUCUUCCACCCUUCCUAUCUUCUUCUCUUAA